UAGGGUAAAUAGUGUAAAUUCAUAAACUCAUGGGGUCGGUCUAGAUAAGCACUAUAUAAACUGAUAAAUUCCCUAAAUCGUUUUGCCGACUUCUCAAAACUAAAAACCCAUGCGGAAAUUCAUUCAUUAAUCACAGACUGAAGUAGAGGAAGGAAAGUUCACGUAGCAGAAUUCAGUUUUAAAGAAUUCGUAUAAUGGAAGAGGUUCCAGUAGAUGAUCAAUCCCCAGUUUCGCCAUUUUCGAAAUGGAGAGACGAUUUUUCGAGGGCGUUUCAGUAUUUUCUGGAUAGAUCCGCUCCUCAUAUAGUCAAUAGAUGGCUCGGGACACUUGCUGCAGCAGCAGUUUACGUCUUGCGUGUUUAUUACUUACACGGGUUUUUUGUUAUCUCGUAUGGUUUAGGAAUAUAUAUACUGAAUUUGUUGAUUGGUUUUAUGUCUCCGAAAGUUGAUCCCGAGCUUGAAGUGUUAGAUGGAGGGGCUUCUUCUCCGACUAAGGACUCUUACGAGUAUCGGCCAUUCACUCGUCGCCUGCCCGAAUUCAAGUUCUGGUAUGCAAUCACAAAAGCGCUUUGUGUUGCCUUCCUCAUGACAUUCCUCUCUAUAUUCGAUGUUCCCGUUUUCUGGCCGAUAUUAUUCUUCUACUGGUUUUUUCUGUUUUUCCUCACAAUGAAGAGGCUUAUCACUCAUAUGAUCAAACAUAGAUAUGUCCCGUUCAACUUUGGCAAGCAGAAAUAUUCCGGGAAGAGGCCUGCUCAAAGUACUAGUGGCUCGCGCAGAGACUGAGCGUUGGAAUUUUUUAGAACACGCGACUUCAAACAUGUAUGUUGUGUAUAUAUAUAUAUACUUCUAACUUGCUAAACGGAAAAAAAAUAUGAAUAAAGACGAUUUGUAGUUAUUGUAAUUCGCCUGAUUAAUCGUUUGACAUUCGGGUUCUAUGUAAUAAAUGUUGGCGAAAUGUGUUGAUCUUUUUUUGUUCUUAAGAUGAAUAUUGUUUCUCAAUAUACACAUCCUCUGUUUCAA